CGCAAAGUUUUGUUUACAAACAAACUUGUGUCAAACGUUUUAGCUCUGAAUUCUUCAAAUUAAUUGAUUUAAUUAAAUAUGCCUACUUGGAAUCAAAUUCAAAGCCAGUUGAGACAUCCUAAUAAUCCAGUAGUUUUUCUAGAUGUGUCAAUAGGAAAUACAGAAAUUGGAAGAAUCAUUAUUGAGCUAUUUGCGGAUGUUGUACCAAAGACAGCUGAGAAUUUCAGACAGUUCUGUACUGGAGAACAUAAGCCUCAAGGAAUUCCUCUCGGUUAUAAAGGAGUUGCAUUCCAUAGAGUUAUUAAAGAUUUUAUGAUACAAGCUGGUGAUUUCGUUCAUGGUGAUGGAACUGGAGUUAUAAGCAUUUAUGAUGGACCAUUUCAAGAUGAGAAUUUCACCUUAAAGCAUGAUAGUGCGGGUUUAUUAAGUAUGGCUAAUUCUGGAAAAGAUACAAAUGGAUGUCAAUUCUUCAUCACAUGUGCGAAAUGCAGUUUCCUUGAUAAUAAGCAUGUAGUAUUUGGUAGAAUUUUAGAUGGCAUGCUUAUCGUGAGAAAGAUAGAGAAUGUACCUACGAUAGGUUCCAAUAAGCCUCGACUCCCUGUAACAAUCACACAAUGUGGUCAAAUGUAAUUUAUUAAUAAAACCAUACUGUUCUUUUUGCACUUAGAGAA